GCCGGCAAAACGACGACGCUUUACAAGCUGCAUUUGGGAGAGGUGGUUACUACGCACCCUACUGUUGGCAGCAACGUUGAGGAGCUUGUCUACAAAAACAUACGAUUCGAGGUUUGGGAUCUCGGUGGGCAAGAGAGACUUCGGACAUCAUGGACAACAUAUUAUCGUGGGACGCAUGCAGUUAUCGUAGUGAUAGACAGCACCGAUAGAGCUAGGAUCUCCCUUAUGAAGGAUGAACUAUUUAAGCUGCUUCCACAUGAGGAUUUACAAAGUGCAGUUGUACUCGUCUUUGCAAACAAACAGGAUCUUAAUGAUGCCAUGACUCCUGCUGAAAUAACCGACGCUCUAUCCCUCCACAGUAUCAAGAACCAUGAUUGGCAUAUUCAAGCUUGCAGUGCUCUCACUGGCGACGGUCUGUAUGAUGGUUUGGGAUGGAUCGCACAGCAUGUCACUGGGAAAGCGCCAAGCUAGAAUGAUGAGGUCCCAUGAAAAUGUUAUUGUAAUGUUUUCCAGUUCGGAGAAUAGAGAUCGUUUCAUGUAUCAUUAAUCUUGUGGUUCGGAAUUCUCAUGUUGAUUUUUCUUGAAAGGGUUGUCUUGGGCAAAAUUUCCCUUUAUUGUAGUUGAUAUAUGUCAAAACAUUUUUUUUUAUCCAUAUUGGCAAAAUCAAUGUAACAUCUUGAAAAUAUCUACUAUUUU